AUGUGGUCCGUCCUUGCAGAUCUUAGAGGAGUACAAGCGGAGUCAGAUGCCGUCAUGGAGUAUACGGUGUGUGGACGACCAAGAGACAGUGUGGUUGGAAGCAUGUGCCUCCAACGUUAUUCCGAGUCUCCUCUCUUUCGGCUCAUUGUCUAUGGAGCCGAGGAGGGUGAUAUCGUUGCUUGUUUCUGCCUCCCUGUCGACUAUGCUUGGGGGUUUUCCUGGAAGAAAGUGAGAAGUGCAAAUGCUACAAGAGCAAUCAAAUUGGAGUGCAAGUUUCACUCGGAGAGCAUUGAAGCCUUGGAGUCUUUCAUCCUUCGGAUGCCCUACGGUGGAGAGGCAGAGCUGUUUGUGCAGGGGUUCCUCUUUGCUGAGCAGUGCGUUCGAGAUUCUUUGUCGAGUAUUGAAUAA